AUGGCUGAAUCUAGCAAGCCUGCUGUCCUGAUCAUCGGCGGCCUUGGCUUCAUUGGUCGUCAUCUCGCCCUCUAUAUUCACCAGAACAACCUCGCGUCCGAAGUGCGAUUGGUCGACAAGGUCUUGCCGCAGCUGGCUCGGUUAGCCCCCGAAUUCGACGAGGCAUGCUCCAAGGACAAGUUUGUGCAGGCCGACGCCAGCCGUGAACAGCACUCCCCGCGUAUCUUCGACCGAGCCAAUGGCGAACAAUUCGACUACGUCAUCAACUGCGGCGGGGAAACCCGACACUCCCAGCCUGACGAUGUCUAUGAACUGCGCAGUUGCGGACUGACUGUGGCGUUGGGUAAGGAGAUUGCCCGGCGUGGCAUCUCCGCCUUUGUCGAGACCUCGACAGCGCAUGUCUACAAGAGCGGGUCCACCCCGCGCAAGGAGAAUGACAAGAUGCAGCCCUGGAACAAACUGGCCAAGUGGAAAUUGAAAGCUGCCGAGGAGCUGGACCGGAUCCCAGAUCUGCAGUACUGUGCCUUGCGUUUGCCGCACGUCUACGGCCCGUAUGACCCGGGGUACUUUGCGACGGGCAUCUGCCUGUCCCGCGUGUACGUGGAUUUGGAACGGGACCUCGAGCUGUUGUACACCAAGGACGUCAAGAUUAACACGCUGCACGUCCAGGAUGCGGCGAGUGCCUUGUGGCGGGCCGCGGAAUGGCGGGCCGGUCAGGGCAAGAUUGACAACAAGGAUGGCUUUGUGGCCUUCAACGUCGUGGAUCACAACAACACACAGCAGGAGCACGUGGCUAAAGGGUUGUCCGAGGUGUUUAACCUCAAGGUGACAUUUAUUGGAUCGCUCGUCUCGCAAUUCGCCAAGAUGAACUUGGACGAUGUGGUCGAGGACAUGAAUGAGGUCAGUUUGCAGACUUGGGCUGAGCUGCUUGAAAAACACAACAUCGACCGCCCCGGUCCCAUCAGCCCCUUCCUGGAACGGGACAUCCUCAAGGACCAAGACAUGUCUAUUGAUGGCUCGUUGUUCGAGUCCACCACCGGCUGGAAGCCCAGCCACGAGCGCUUCGAUGCUGACAGCAUUCGCGAGAUGGUUGAUAGCUACAAGCGCAUGGGCUGGUGGCCAUAA